AUGAACACCACCCUGAUCUGUCAUCCAUGCUCUCGGGAACAGUGGAUCAGGAGCCAAAUACGAGAGAAGGAGUUUGUGUGUGUGGAGAGACAGGAGCCUUACUCUGCAGGGUACCGAGAAGGGUUUCUAUGGAAACGGGGCCGAGAUAACGGACAGUUCCUGAGUCGAAAAUGUAUUCUGUCAGAGCGGGAUGGUGCUCUGAAGUACUACAACAAGCAUGAUGCCAGAGAGCCCAAGGCUCUGAUGAAGAUUCACACUCUGAAUGCCUCCUUCCAGCCUGGGAAGAUCAGCCAGCCUCACGGCCUGCAGGUCACCUAUCUGAAGGACAACAGCACUAGGAACAUCUUUGUCUACCACAAGGAUGGCAAGGAAAUGGUGGACUGGUUCAACGCCAUCAGAGCAGCCAGAUUUCACUACCUCCAGGUCGCUUUCCCUGGGGCCCAUCACGCUGAUUUGGUGCCAAAGCUGACACGAGACUACAUCAAGGAAGGCUACAUGGAGAAGACGGGUCCCAAGGUGAACACAGAGGGCUUCAAGAAGAGAUGGUUCACUAUGGAUGACAGGAGACUCAUGUACUUCAAGGAUCCUCUGGAUGCCUAUGCGCGCGGUGAGGUGUUCAUUGGUAGUAAGGAGAACAGCUACAUUGUGCUCCCCGGCCUUCCCCCAUCCACCCAGGGCUACCACUGGCAGUUUGGCAUCACCAUAGUAACGCCCGACAGGAAGUUCCUGUUUACAUGCGAGACCGAGGAGGAGCAGCAGGAUUGGAUGGCUGCUUUUCAGAGUUUGGUGAAUCGACCUAUGCUGCCCCAGGAAUAUGCAGUGGAGGCCCACUUUAAGCACAAGCCCUGAGAGGAGGAGGAGAAGGAAAAAGAGGGAGGCUGGACUGGAGGCUGGACUGGAGGCUGGACUGGAGGCUGGACAUAUCCCCUGGAUGAAGACAGACAAAUAGGAUUCUUCUCCUCAUAAUAAGACAAAUAUAUAUACAAUUAAAGAUAAACCAUACAGAGCAGUAAAAGAGGGGGUAGAGAGGACUACAGAGGGUGGUGUUACUGUUCUGUUGCCAUACUCUUCCUUACCCCAAAUCCUGCCCAUAUAUACUGUAAAUGAACAAAAAUAUAAAGCGCGACAUUCAAAAAUUUCAACAAUUUUAUAGAGUUACAGAUCAUAUCAGUCAAUUGAAAUAAAUAAAUUAGGCCCCAAUCUAUGGAUUUCACGCCUGAGCAGGGGCGCAGCCAUGGGAGUCCUAGGAGGGCGUAGGCCCACCCACUUGGGAGCCCAGCCAAUCAGAAUUUGUUUU